AUGUAUCUUGUCUGCAUAUAUAUCACCCCACCACUCAUGUUUCAUAAUGUAAUGUGGAUCAUCGUUUGCGCUCGUGCCAAGACGGACACCCCUCGCUUUGAACCCGCGGACAAAGGACGUCUCUUUGUGUCUUUCAGUCGUGACAGGAUCCACGCUACGAACCACAGUUCAUCGUCCCGCACUAGCUCUUGCAACGUUGGACAAAGACCCUUGCUCACCUCCCUCUUAUAUAAGAGCUACUCUGGGCAUUCUAUCAACCCGCACCCUGCCGCUCAGGCGCCUUUGCAACUCCAGCGAGCAUAUCUCCCUCGGCCUCCACCAAAUCUACCCGUCAUGUCCCUCUUCCUCGACCUUGCGGCGCACUCUACUAUCGAGCUUCCCGUUGCUCGGUCUGACGCCAAUGAAGGAAAUUGCAGCAGCGCCAGCUCGCUUGAAUCGCUAGGCUUUGGAACAAAGCUGCUCAGCUUGCCGCCUGUGGCACGGAAAUCCGACAUAUCACCGACGGGCGCUCGGACGCGUGAGUGCGGGCCUAUCGACGGCUUGACAGACGACGUACUCGGAGUUGAGAACCGCGAGGUGUUCUCGCCCGACGAAUACGAUCUCGAUGCACACGAGAUUGAGCUCAUUGCCAUCCCAACGCACUCUCUGGACCAGUGGUCUGAGUGCGCAUUUCUCCCGCUAUCGCCGGCGUCUGCCACCGAGUCCACAUGCGUUGACUCUUCGGGAUCGCGCUAUGCUGUGCUCGCUACGUCAACUCCUCCAACGAGCGCGCCGGGAACGCCAAAGUCUUGUAGCUCGUUAGCGAUAAAGGGCAAAGGAAAGGCGCGGGAACUAUUCGUGACCACGGACUCGGACAAGCCGUACCUAGACUUUGGGAUCGAGAAUGACCAAGGCUGGGAGGGAUUGGAGGCGAGCGGUCGGGUCGGCGAAUACUCUCGCAGCAGAGCAGCUUGGAUGGUGCUUCACGACCACGUCCAGCCGUGGUGCGCGCAGGAGGAGUAUGCCAGGUGGCAGGGGUGGCAUGCUGGGCUGGAUACCGCACCUUCUUCGCCACCUCUGGAGCUGCAGUCGUUCCUGAACCGUUCACGUUGGACUUGCGUUCGCUCGUUUGUAAACGCGUAA